AUGCGCAAGUCCCUUGUAGCCCGUGUUAUUGGUGGGCCGCGCCGACUGCAGAGGCCAAGCCCAGCUAGAGGUAGCUCUCGUCUUACUAAGCCCGAUAGCAAAACCAUGGGGAUGAAAGCCCACCACAGGGAAGAGGAAUCUCCGCAUUUCUCCACCCAGGUAGCCCCUGCCAAUACGUCGGAGAUGCAGGCUGUUCUGGAGCAAUCAAGGCGCCGUCGCGUUAUUUUGGAUGAUGAUUCGGAUGAUGAUGACCCCAUUCCGGGGCAUGCUGAGUCCUCUUUGGCGAACGGAAAUCUGAAGGGUUCGAUGACCCAAAUGCAGGAGGACAGGCCUGGCAAAGAUGCGGCUGACCAUCCAACUUGUAGGGAAGAAGCUGAGACACAAUUAAAUGAGAAGCCAGGGGAUUCCAGCAGGAGGCCAAUUCGGGGGCUCGAGCCGCAACAACCACCUAAGCAGAAGUCUAUUCAGCGCAAAGGUAGGCUCACGCUUGGAGGCCCUCCCAUGGUGGCGAAAGUUUAUAAAAUGAAGGCCCAUGGGGUCGGUGGCAAGAAUAUGCCGGCGGGGAGCUCCUCACCGGACAAGGAACCUCGGCCUGUCUUAUCGAAGGGCGGGGAAGAGGGAAAUAAUGGUACCCUCAAUGAGAAACAUGAUUUGGAGGACUCGGACUCAGAUGAAGAGGCACACUGCUUUGAAAUCAAGAAACGUGCACAUCUGAAGGCUGAAAAGAUGUCGCCCCAAGUUCCCCCCCCCCCCCCCCCCCCCCCCACCGUGUCAGCAAAGUUGUGGCAGCUUUUGAAGCUGGCAUGCCUUUGA